CGAGAAGGCUGUGAGCAUCAGGAACGCAAGAAAUCCCGGCAGUUUUCGUGCUUAAUCGAAGUUCGAUUCCAGCUUUGUGCUGUUCGACAGUCCCGAUGUGCUGUUCAGCGGCCUACUGGUCCGCGGCCCGAGAUUUAAUCCGACUCGGGGGGAUCCGAUUCGGCACAGUGCCCCCAGGGGCGCCCCCAUCCCCGACGAAAAAUGUUCACCUCCACGGCGCCCUCUACGAAGCCUGUUUCGGCCUCGCGAAAGCGCUCACCCCUCGCGGACAGCAAGAGUACUCCCUUCCUCUCAUCCGUCACUGGCGAGCAGACUAAAGGAUUGAGCCAUGCAAGGACGUCGUAUCACACGCUCUUCACGUCUCUGGAGGAGGAAGAUUUGGAUCCAGGUACUGCAUAUGACGAUAAGCUGCAAGAUGACUUAUGCCUGUGCAGGUCCAGGCAGCUAUGUAAUGCCAAGCUCAUUCGGGAGUCAAGUACUCAGCAGCAGAAGCAAUGCUCCCUCCCCUCCCAUCCUUGAGAGGUACAUCUCUUAAGGUCCUGUGUGGCUUCACAGCUUUUUGAUCAUCAGAAAUAUAAAUAGUUGGAGUCGAGUCAUCAUUACAAGAAAUCAUCUUUCGGUGAGCCAGUAGAUGGUUCCCUUGCAGGGCUGCGAUACUGGAUUGUUCUCACACUUUCAGGACUUGAGGUGCAGAGACACGCCGGGCGCAGGUAAGAGCACGUCUGGUCUGAUCAGCGGCCUUCAGAUUGAUACCUACAGGUAGCUACAUUCCACAGUAUCCAGCUGAAAAGUCGGAACGAGGCCUCAUCCGAUUCGGUGCCAUCCAUGUCUGGGAAGCCCAAACAGUAAACUCGAUGGCUUUUGCGUGUUUUCAUGCAGGGAAGGCGAGACGUCCGCCACUCAGCAUGCCGACCGAUGGGUGAGACAAAGGCCCUCCGCAAGGAACGGCGGGCAUGGAUCGUGCCCUGUUUCGUUUGUGGACGUCGUUUUCAGCCCCAGCAAGAUGUACAAUGUGUCCGCUGCGGCGCUGAAAUUCCCGUGCUGGACGACAUGUCGAUUUGGAGCAGAGAAAAGGUGAGGGACAUUUUUUCCUUGAGGGGAACCAGCUCGGUGUUCUCGUGUAUAUCUGUCUCUGCUUCGCUAUUCAGGUUUGAGUCCCUGGCGCGCGAAAGACAAGCCAAGAGUGGGAAUGUCGGACCAGGUAGCUUGCCCUUCACAGGGAUCAUGACGCACACGAGAUACAAGCCAUGUCUUUUUCUUCCCUUUCUCGUUUUCGUCCAGGCCACUAUGAUAUUUCUAAGUCAUCCUUCGAAGAUCGGCUAGCCAAGUCAUUUGGCGUGGGACGACAGGCUUAUGAGAAGGUUGUCACACCGGGCAUGGAUAAGGCAUUUAAGGGCUCAUUCGGAGCAGGUGUGCACACGUUCCAAUGCAAGAAAGCAAACACGAAGCAAACACGGCUGUAAACAAUGCUGCCCUUUCAGGCCCCGGCCCUCCUAUAUAUAUUACGCCUGAUCCGAACUCUAUUCGAGUGUCGUUCACCAAGGCGCCCAAGCUGCGCAGUGGCGGUUUUGAUGCUUCUCCUGGCCCUGGUGCAUACUCAUCUGAUAUCACGGUAAGAGGAGUCUUUUCCCUCCACGGAUGCCUUAUGUUUGUGUUUUUGUUGUCUCCGACAGCAGUCAGUGAGUUCGCUGUACAGGUGAGUCUGCCUUGUCUCUCGAAAGCUUGAAAAACAAUCUGGUCGUUGCUGGGGAUAACAGGAAUUCGCCUGUCUGUUCUUUUGGCCCACCGCCUUCUCGAGCACGACUCAACCUGAGAAAAAUGACACAGUUUGAGAACUCGGUGGGCUGUAGAGAGCAGCAUGAUUGCACACGAGUGCGUGUGUGCGUGUGUAUGUGUGUGUGUGUUAGGUAUGGGGGUUGUCGUAGUCCAGCAUACAGCUGGGGACGCAGAUUUGUCUGGCUUCUUCCUGGACAGAGAGAAACUUGGCAGACUUAUUUGCAUUCAUCGCGUGUGAUUUCAAUAUCUGCCUCUUCCUAGCUGCUUACCAAACAAAGAAAAAGAAUUAUAUACAGCCUACACGGACGAGACACGCCGUCUUGUUGGUGGACCAUGUAAUGCAGCCGCGUCUUCGCGAGACAAAAGGCAAGCUUCCCACUGUAAGUUCCCAGGUGCACGUCAAAAUUUCAUGUCAGACCUGGUCCUCUCCAUGCAGUGGAAAUCGAAACUGUAGAGGAAGUACCCAACGCAAUCACAUGAGCCCCAGGGUUGCAUUUGACUGGACAAUUUCCGCUUAGCCUUCUGAGUGUUUCAUCACUGAUUCGAUUCUCACUUGCAAAGGCAGAAGCGCAAAUCAGAACCGAGCUCGUCUGCCGCUGCUGCUGCUUCUGCUGCGGCACCAUCGCCAGAGGACACGGAGAGUGAAGGUGAGCGGUCUGACGACGGAUGGGAGGCCGACCCGGUACUUUUCGCUGAGGAAGGAUGACUCUCAUGCGCAAUCACUCCUGUUGCCUCUUGCUACCUUGUGUUUUGCUAUUUUUGUCAGGUUAUUUGUGACGACAACGAGCUCUUGAUAACUGCUCAGGUCUUCGCCGACGCCGUCGAGGGGAUCAAAGUUGACGAUACAACCAUCGAACCCGAGAAGGAAGUGGGGGAGCUCUUCGACGAGUAUGAGAUGUACGUCGUAAGCCCAGGCGACUACAUCCCCGAGGAAGACAUGCCAUCCCCCACCCGUCUUCCCGGCCCCCAACAGCAGGAUCCCACUCCCUCUACCCUCCCUGCGCACAUUCCGGCCCCGCACCAAGGGCAACCAGUCGAUCGUGGCGUCUCGCCUGCGGGAGGUGAAGAGGCCUGCCAGUGACGCGGGCAAGGAGGAGGAAGAGGCACGACAGUCUGGAAGGUGGGAGAACCGUCGUCGGUGUCGAAAGCGUUGCCUGCUCUGCCGGACCAACUCAUUUUCAACGUCAUUGACGUGAGCAAUCCAGACGCACACAGGAUCCAUCCUCUCUUCUGCAUGCCCUCUCCCCCUUCUGUGUUGGCUACCUGUGCAAAUCUUCCAGUAUGUGUGGAAGAACGAGAUAUGGGGGCACAAGAACCACAAAGUGCAGGCACCGUGGCGGUUUGAGGACAUGCUCUGGAACACACAUACACACACACACACACACACAGAGUUUUGUGUGUGUGUGUGUCCAUGGCAUUGUUCGUGUGAGUGUGAAUGUGUGUGCAUCUGCCCGGCCUGUUUGCUUGCAGGAUGGUUCCCCCGACGCUGCUUUGCUGAACUGGGAGAGGGAUUUCUGCUCAGCUCU